AUGGCAACAACAUUCAAGUACCUUGUUUCCAUCAUCUUCCUCACCCUAGUCAUCAAAGGGUCUGGUUAUUGUAACUUGAACAACAUCAACAUUGGGACAACAAAGAGUGGGAGAGAUCUAAAGGGGAUUACAGAGUGGAAUGUAGUUGUGACAAACAACUGUUCUUGUGCACAAAGCCAGAUUAGGUUAAAAUGCCAAGGGUUUCAGACUGUAGAGAGUGUUGACCCCUCAAUUCUUAAAAUUGAAAGUGGUGGUAUCUGCCUCCUCAUCAAUGGCAAUCCCUUGAAGGGUUUCGCCUCUCAACCAUUAAAGCAGCAUGCACGCCUCAGCCACCGCUAA